AAGAUGGGGAAGGGAUUCGUUCCGAUGAAGGCGGUGACCUACGGCCUCUCACCUUUCCACCAGAAGAUCAUGCCUGGUCUAUGGAAGGACCUGCCUACCAAGAUCCACCAUAAGGUCUCCGAGAACUGGAUCAGCGCCACCCUCCUCCUCGGUCCCCUCGUCGGAGUCUACUCGUAUGUUCAGAACUACCAGGAAAAGGAGAAGUUGUCCCACAGAUAUUGAGAGCAUGACAUUAUCAAUAUUUGGAUGGUUUCCAACUGUGUUGCUUUAAUCUUUGUCUAUGAGCAAAUAAUAAUGUGUUGAAACUCAUUUUUGCCCUUUUGCUUCUGAGAUGCCUGUGAAUUUGAGACGUUUCAACGUUGAUAUGUCUUAAUGUUGAUAGUUUUCUUCAUUUUACUUUA